UUUCGAAGUCCAAGCAAUGGAAACCCUCAUCGGCGCUUUCUCUGCAAAAUAAUCUUCUCAUGGGCUUUUCCGUUCUCCGAGCUUCCCCUCUCUCCUCCUCCCGAGCUCUUCUCUGCAACCCCACGUCCGUCGCCGCUCUUCCCAUCCUCCGUCUUCCUCUCCGCUCUUCUCAUCAUUCAUCGCUCUCCCUAACCCAUUUCGAAUCAUCUUCUUCCUCGGCGAAUCGUACUUCUUUUGCCGUUUCUGCUACUCGAUUUGGUGGGGCUUUUGCUUUGAGACCUCGUAGCUUCCGUCGGGGCCGUGUUUUGGCUAUGUCUUCGCCUAAUUCAGUCCAGAAAUCGGAGGAGGAGUGGCGAGCCAUCCUCUCGCCCGAGCAGUUUCGAAUUCUCCGGCAAAAAGGAACUGAGUAUCCAGGAACUGGCGAAUAUGACAAGUUCUAUGGCGAGGGAGUUUAUCACUGUGCGGGAUGUGGAGCACCCCUUUAUCGAUCGAGCACGAAAUUCAACUCCGGCUGUGGUUGGCCAGCAUUCUUCGACGGUAUUCCUGGAGCAAUUAAAUCCACUCCUGACCCUGAUGGGAUGAGGAUUGAAAUCACAUGUGCUGCUUGCGAUGGUCAUCUGGGUCACGUAUUUAAAGGAGAAGGCUUUCCAACACCUACAAACGAGCGCCAUUGUGUCAACAGUAUUUCACUCAAGUUUUCUCCUUCUCCAUGAUUUCUUGUUUCAAAUCUCUAUGUUUUUUUCUUUUUUGAAUCUCGUGUUUGUAUUUAUAUAACCUGAACUCAAUAAGCUAUUUACGACCUCAAAAGGUGAACAAGGAGAAGGGAAGGAAAAGAGCUUGUUUUUCUUCUUCCAUUCUAUGUACAUUUUGGUGACGUGUAAGUAAAUUUCUUCCCUCUCUAUUCUCGA